CGGUAAAACCAAUCUCCCAAAUUUUACUCCGUCGUGAACGCUUCAAAAAGCCUAAGAAACUUUCUUCCUCUAAUCUCUCUCGCAAUUCUCUUCUUCUCUCUUUCCAUAAUCUCCAAUUUCAAAAAUACCUAAAUCAAGAUGAAGCUUACGAACGAUAACGAAGAGGUUCGAGAAAUGGAGACGGCGGAACACGAAGAGAUAUCGUCAUCGUCACCGUCGCCGUCGCCGUCGCCGUGUUCGUUAGUGAUCGAUGAGUUUCCGGUGAAGAGAUCGAUCGUUGUAGGUUAUGCUCUUACAUCAAAGAAGAUUAAGAGCUUUUUACAACCAAAACUCGAAGGCUUAGCUAGGAAUAAAGGGAUAAUAUUUGUGGCAAUAGAUCAGAAUAGGCCACUAUCAGAGCAAGGACCAUUUGAUAUUGUGUUGCAUAAGCAAAUUGGAAAAGAAUGGCGUCGGAUUCUCGAGGAAUAUAGACUAGGACAUCCAGAUGUCACAGUUCUUGAUCCUCCAGAUGCAAUACUACAUCUCCGUAAUCGUCAGUCAAUGCUUCAGUGUGUUGCGGACAUGAAUCUGUCUGAUAGUUAUGGACGAGUUGGUGUGCCCAAACAAUUGGUAAUUAAAAGGGAUGCAUCCUCAAUCCCGGAGGCUGUCAAUGAAGCUGGCCUGAGAUUACCACUUGUUGCAAAGCCUUUGGUUGCUGAUGGAAGUGCAAAGUCACAUGAGCUUUCGUUGGCUUACGAUCAGAACUCCCUUCUAAAGCUUGAGCCUCCUCUUGUUCUUCAGGAGUUUGUUAACCAUGGAGGUGUUCUUUUCAAAGUUUACAUUGUUGGGGAGGCUAUUAGAGUGGUCCGGCGUUUCUCCCUACCUGAUGUCUCCAGACGAGAACUCUCCAAAUCAGCUGGUGUAUUCCGUUUCCCCCGAGUCUCUUGUGCUGCAGCGUCUGCUGAUGAUGCAGAUUUAGACCCAAACAUCGCUGAGCUUCCGCCACGUCCUUUGUUGGAGAGACUGGCAAAGGAACUCCGUCGUGGAUUGGGUCUAAGGCUGUUCAAUUUAGACAUAAUUAGAGAGCAUGGGACAAGAGAUCGGUUUUAUGUAAUCGACAUUAACUAUUUCCCAGGAUACGGGAAGAUGCCAGAGUAUGAGCAUGUAUUCACUGAUUUCUUACUGAGCAUAAUGCAAAGCCAAUGUAAGAAACGAGCUUUGGCAGAUCAAUACUAACUCUAAGGGAGAGACCAUAUUGAUCCUCCCAAAUGGAAAAAACCAAAAAAAGAAGAUUAGUCUUGCAACCAUUAUUACUGUACAGGACAAAGCACUGUUUCCCUUCCUCGAUGCGGUUCUUUACCUUCAUUGUGCUGUAUAAAGAACAAUGGGAGAUUGCAUUAAAAGAAAAAAAUUGUCUGAAUCUCAGGAUAAUGUCUCCCAUGUCAAAACGUGAAGAUCACGCAACUACUCUUUCACUUUGUGACUACUUCUCUACUUUGUUUUGCUUAGCUUUGUACUACCCUGAUCUUAAUAUCCUAUCUUUCGGUUUUCAUCAGUUACUUUGUUUUAAGCUUAGAACUCAGUUUGGUUCAAUUCAUUCGUUAGACACAAUAAAACUCUUAUCGGUUUCGGA